ACCUGCGGGGGCGGAGCGGCCGGCGCCGGCCCCUCACAGAGCAGGCAGGAGCGGAUCCCCUUGCAGCCGCAUCCCGGCCCUCCGCCGCCGCCCGCCGCCUGCAUCCCGCCGGCUGCGCCGAGGACACGGCUCCCACCUCCCGCUCCUCCUCCUCCCCCCGCCCUUCCUUCCUUCCUCUCUCUCUCCGGCUCCUCUUCCUCCUCCCCGGCCGCUUCCAGAUUAUUGGAAUUGCUGGAGCAGAGCCCAGGAGAGGCACAAACAGGUACCUGUGGUGCUGUCCAGGUCCUGUGUGCCAUCACUCAUGGACAGCUUUCACCUGCAGCAAGUCUGUCACUCCAGCAGCCACAGGAUGUAUCCCUGUUGUUUUGGAGAUGGAUUGGAUCAGCGUCCUGGGAGCCUGUGCCCAAUCUAAUAAUAGUCUCUGCCAUCUUCAUUUUAACCAAGUGAAAAAGGUAACCAGAAGACAUCCUACAGCUGACUGAUUAGUGGUUCUAGCAGAGAGGUAGAGAUUGAAAAUGUCAAAAAUUACUACAGAACUUCUUUUGGAAAGAGCUGUUCCAAGAUCUACGAGGCUUCGAAAGAUUGAGACACUGAACCUUUCCAAGCUACAGUUGAAGACUGGAGAUUUAGACCCACGCUUGUUUUCCCGCCUGAGGCACCUGCAGAAACUUGAUCUCUCUGAUAAUUUACUGGACAAAUUUCCCAACAGCUUAACCCUCCCUGAUCUGCGUGUCCUGAACUGCAGCAAUAACAAACUGGAAGAUGUAACUGCUCUGAAACAGUUCCCUCUGCUCGAGGAGCUGACCUACGAGAACAAUGUGUACUUGACACUCAAUGAUGACUAUAAAGUAAUGUUUCUUUUGCAAAAUCUUCGUCUGCUCAAUGGCAAGGACAUAACCAAACUGGCCAAGCAUGUGAGGCAUAUCAACACCCGUAAGCUCACCAGCAAGGUUACUGCUCACUGGGAAAAAUUCUUCCGUGACCAACUCCCUGAGAAAUACACAACUGAGCAGGUGAAGUCCAUCAAGAAAAAGUUCCUGAAGUCAGUUCAGACCAAUGUGGUGUAUGGGCCCAGCUCACUCAGCGAGUUCACCCGCUGGCGGGUGAAAAUGAUUGCAGAAGAGUUUCUGGCAUGCUCAUUAGGUCUGGAGUUAAACUCUGAUACUGAAUCAGAGGAAAAGACAGAUGACAAUGAGGAAGAAAGCACUGAAAGCCCCAGGGAACCUGCGGAAGAUGUGGCUCAGGUCACAGUAACACCCAGCAAGAGGAAAAGAAAUCAUUCAAAAUCAAGCCCUGGAAACAAGAAGUCCAAGACCCAGGCAAACACCAAGGAGGAGACUGAGGUCAGUCCCAGAAAAUCCAGUCAUGUGGAGGAUGACCCAGCUCCUGACAAACCGAGAGCAUCAAACCAACCAGUCAAGGAGGCAACCCCUGAGCCGGAAGCUGAAGGGACACAAAAAAAUGGAGAGCAGUUUCCCAAGGGCAAAAGCAGCAGAAGAUCCAGCCAGAUGACAGGGGAGCAGAAAAGCCAAGAGCAGGACAACGACGUGGUUACCUUGACCCCCGUGAAGAAUUCCAAGCGCAAGGAGGAUGUCAGUGCAGAGCCACUGCAUUUUCUUCAGUGUCACAGUAAAGGCAACAGCCGCGAGGAUUUUAAAACGCAGCUCUGGUCCUGUGUCUUCGAGCCAGUGCUAGACUCCGGAGCCAGGAAAGAUCCCAUUGUGAACUCCUCCAGAACUGUGGCAACCUGUGGAGGGGAAUCUGUCUGUCUGAUUGAUUGUGAGACAGGGACGGUGCUAAAAAAGUAUAAAGUGGCUACAGAGGAAUUCUUCAGUGUUGCAUGGACAACUCUCACAAUGGUGACCAGCGACAUCCGCAAGAAAGCUCACAACAUCCUGGCAGCUGCAGGCAGGAGAGGCAUUGUCAAACUGAUCCACGUGGCAGCCGACUUCUGCUACGGAGAGAUAAAGGCUCACAAAAAGCCCAUUGCUACUGUCUGCUUCAGCCCAACCCAAGAGACCCAUCUCUUCACUGCAUCCUAUGACAAGCGAAUUGCACUCUGGGAUAUUGGGAUUCCAGACUGUGACUACAAUUUCAAAGCAAGCCAGUUGCUGGUGCUGGAAACAGCCUCUAUCCCCCUACGGAUUGCCCUGGUCCCCACCUGCCCCGAGCAGUACCUGCUGGCAGGCUGUGAAGGUGGCUGCUUUGCCUGGAACAUAAAACUGGAUAAGGGACAAAAAAGCAGGCCUUUUGAAGCCAUAUUCCAGUUUCCUGAUGGGGAAAGCAUGACAACAGCUCACAGGGUUGAUGGUUUGGCUUUUCUCAAUGAUGAUGUCAUUGCUUCCAAGAGCUCCAAACCAGGAUGUAUAUAUUUGUGGAGCUGGAGCAGGUCUUUUGAUUCCAAGGGAAAAGGAUGCCAACAGACAAUGUCUGCAGUUAUUCUGGCUGAGCUGGAGUGGUCCACAACAGACAUGUCCUACCUGACACUCAGCACCUGCCCAGCAAAAGAGUAUGUGUUCUGUGGGGAUGAGAAGGGCAGUGUGUGGAUGUACAACCUCUCUAACUACACCACGGCCUGGAGCUCUGCGAAGGGAAAGCGCUCGGAGCGGAGGAUCUCUCCCACACAGAUCCUCAAGUGGCCAGAGCUCCGGGUGAACGGGGAGCAGCCUCCUGAAAUCCUGGUGAACAACGUGGUAGCUGACCCUGCCUUCACCUACCUUGUUGUGCUGACCAGUGUGAACAUAACAGGCAUCUGGAAGAAGUCUUAGUCCCCUGUGCCACAGCUCCACCCCCGUGCUUUGACCUAGUGCAGUAUUAGUGACUGUUACCCAUGUGCCCAUGAACGUUUUCUAGACCAGCUUUAUGUGCAAGAUGGAGAAAAAAAAAAAAAACAAGAGUUUGUUAAACUCAUCAGUUCAUUGUAAACAUCCGGUUUCUUUUACUGUAAGUUUUCACAAUUUGUGCAUUUGUUUUAUAGAAAUGACACUUAAUAAAACAAAAUACCAGUUCA